AAUGACGAAUCAAUCUUUUCUACACAAAGUAUUCUGUGAUAUCAGUUUAGAGAAAGACCCGGACUUGUGGCAAAAUGAUGAAGAUACAGAGGAGAAGAAUAUCGAGAGAAUUAGAUUUAUUUCUGAGUUUUCUGAAACCCUUUACAAGGUUCAGCUGGACAAAGAUAGAUCUUCGAACAGGAAGAAUUCUGAUUUGUGCCGAGCUAUGAAGGAAAAGGGAAACAAAAGCUAUGGUUCGGGGGAUAAUUUAACCUCCCUUACUCAGUACAAUCAAGCUCUCAUGUACUCUAGUAAAAAAGAAGAUACAGCCCUUAUUCUUGCUAAUAGAUCUGCUCUGUGGUUUGAUCUUGGAGAACAUGAUUUAGUUGAAAAGGAUAUUGAUCUAGCAAUGAGGCUAGGUUACCCUGAUAACCUAGUAUUCAAGCUUCAUGAACGACGUGCGAAAAGUAGAUUUGCCAUGGAAAAGAUAGAAGAAGCAAAAGAGGAUAUAAAGCUCGCUCAAAAGUAUCUUGAGCUAUCAAAGUUAGACGAACUGAAAAAGAAGAAGAAGUUUAACGAGUUUGAUGUUGUGCUGAACAAACUAAAGAAUAGCAAGGAGAGGAAUAGUAGUAAACUAUUAAAAGAUGGAAACCCAAGUCCUGAACAUAUCUUACCAAAACUAGCAUCUAAUAAAAAGUUUCCCGCAUUCAGUGAUGCAGUGAAGAUUAAGUUUGAGGCCGGUCGAGGCAGGUUUGCAGUCUCUGCUCGAGAUAUCGAGGUCGGGGAACUCAUUGCUGUAGAAAAUGCAUUUGUUGCUCUUAUUGACAAGGAAUUCAGUAAAACCCACUGCUGGCACUGUCUCAUUUGUUGUAAGAGGCCUAUUCCUUGCGAUAGAUGCUCUGGUGUCAUUUUUUGUUCAGACGAUUGCAAGGAGAUAAGUACGAGUUCGUAUCACAAGUAUGAAUGUAUGUUCACUGAUAUUUUAUACCAAGCUAAUCUGGGUGCCUGGAGAUUAGCUUUUAGAGCGCUCACUUCCUAUCCUUGGAGUUACUUUCAAGAAAACCUAGAUGUUUUUCUCGGACGUAAUGAACUUCAAGGCCUUGAGGGGGAGGCAGUUUACUCAUCUCAGGACAUCUUGAACUUUCAUUCCCUGGUGACCCAUGAUGGAAGCGCAAAUAAGAAGGCUCCUGAGCUAAUGAUGCAAGCUCACGUGGUUGUUUUUCUCAUCAGAGUUCUACGAGUAGCAGAAUAUUUUGGUUCAGGCGAAUCAGCUGAACUCAAACUUUCAGAAGACGAAAUCAAUGCUGCGCGCAUUCUUCAUCAUUUUAUGCGCGCGGCAUUCUACAAUACUCACGAAAUAACUCAAGUUGAGAAGACUGGGCCUGGGUUUGAUGAAAACCACGUGCAGAGAAUUGGUCGUGUAACCAACCCUACUCUUGCUCUGAUCAACCACUCCUGUGAUCCUAACUAUAGGAGAGUAUCAACUAGUACUCGGACAUUUGGUUUUGCUUGUAAACCUAUCAGGAAAGGUGAAGAAAUAUCUGAUAUUUAUUGUAAACCAUUCUCUUCAUCUGAUAUCCAGGAACGGCAGAAGAGUCUGCAGAAGUACAAUUUUACCUGUAACUGCACCAGCUGUCAGAGGAAUUGGCCGACCCUGCCAGACCUUCCAACACAGCUUAAUGAUCUCCCAUCCCAGCUUUACAAGAUUCCAGUAAACAAAAUAAACAAUCAGAUCAAACGAAUACAAAGAUGUGAAGAAAAUCUAAAGAAAAUUCUAAAGCAAAAAGAUUACUCAGUGAAAAGCAUUAUUGACAUUUUAUCUUCAAUUGUGGACCAGCACUACAAGCUGUUGUACAGUCCGCAUGGAUCCCUGGUUUAUUACGAGAACCAGCUCCAUCAAGCACUUCUUCAUCUUUACUCAGCUAAGGUCGGUCCAAAGGUGCUUCAGGCGACUACUAUAUCUUGGCCGUUAUAAUUGUAUUAAUUUUUUUCGUGUUAAUAAAACAUCAAUUAUA